UGCAGCAGAGCUGGGGGCUACACAACAACCUUGAGAAGGUUUUCAGAGACAAAUGACCGUCAUCUAAUAAGCAAGCAGCCAGAACCGGCAUUUUUAUUCCUUAUUGCACAAAAACACAGCGAGUGACUCCUUGUCGGCACUCUUGAGCACAAACCCCUACCCAACGAACGAGGGGAGCUUUCAGGAUUUGCAAAAUGUCAAACACUGACUUCAAGAAGUUUGAGUUCUUCAACAGCAUCCUGAACGCCUGCAGCGUCGGGCCGUCCUCCUGCAACAGCUCUCACUUCUCCUUCCAUAACGCCAGUAACAGCAGCGGGCUGGAGAUCUCCGACGACGGAGCGCCCUGGCUCCAGAUCCUCAUCUCCGUGGUGUACUUCAUCGUGGCGACGGCUGGAGUGUUGGGCAACAUGUUGGUCAUGUUCCUUCUGUACUCUACUCACACCAUCACCACCGGCACCAUCAACUUCUUUGUGUUUAACUUAGCUCUGGCCCACCUGCUGUUCUCCCUGGCCCUGCCGUUCUGGGCCGUGGACAUCGCGCUGGACUACAGCUGGCCUUUUGGCCUGGCCACUUGUAAAGCCGUGUCCUUACUCACGGGGCUCAACGUCUUUGCCAGCUGCUUUUUCCUGACAGCCAUGAGCUUGACCCGGUACUGCUACGUGGCGACCGCUCUGAAGCCGAGCGCUUCCCUGUGCACCAGAUCCUGCACCUUCCCGGUGGCCACGGCCUUCAUCUGGGUCGGAGCGCUCAUCGCCGCGACGCCCAGGGCCGUGUUUGCAGACCUGAGCCACGUGGGCAGCGGUAAUGACACGGCGUGCCUGCUGCGCUUCCCAGACGGUACGGCUUGGCUUGGAAUAAACCAGCUCCUGCGCGUGGUGCUGGGGUUCCUGCUGCCCUACGCCAUCAUCAUCAUGUCCUAUCUGCUGCUGCUGCGCUUCCUCUGCAGGCACAAGCUGAAGGGCAGCAGCAGCUCUCGGCGAAAGGCCGAUGUUUCCAAAUCGGUGGCGGUGGUGGUGCUGUCCUUCUGCGCCUGCUGGUUCCCCUACAACAUCCUCACGCUCUGGGGGGUCCUGAUCCAACUCGACGUCAUCGACAUCAGCAAGUCCUUCUACUCGGCGCAGACGUACUUCUUCCCUCUGGCCAACUGCUUGGCCUUCACCAGCAGCUGCUUUAACCCCGUCAUCUACUGCCUGAUUAGGAAGGAGUACCGCGCCGCGCUCCAUAAUGUGCUGUUCAAACUGAGUCUGGCCAUGUCCAAGAUGCCGUACACGAUGGCACCCGAGGAGGGGUCGGGGCAAGCGGGGCAGAUCUCCAUUCCCCUCAGCAACAUCUACAGCCAGACGUACCAAACGGACCUGCGGAGAUACCCACCUCUGUCAACCUUCCACCACACAUGAUGCACGAGGAGGGGCAACCUGCACGUCACCAGGACGGGAUGCUUCCCCGUCAGUACUCGAGUUGUAAAAUAAAAUCAGGGGGGAUGGUGGAUUUUGUCAUAUGGGGACAGAUAAUUUGUGCUGAUUACAAAUAAUAUAAUAUAUUACAAAUAAUAGCACUGACCAAAACACCUGCAGAAAUACUGCAGGAAUGACAUAGCAGCAGUUAAAUGCAGCCUUCUGUAAGCUUUAAAUAUCCACUGGGCUUACAUCAAAUACAUCAAAACACAACAAUAAAAAACUGUUUUCUGAACUUAUCAAUAUGACUCUGUCCUUCACGGGAUAAGUAAA